CCGGAAGUACUCUUCCCCUGCUAGAACUAAUUAGCAUGUUUGUUUGCUCGCCAUAGACACGUCACGAGCGCGUGAAACACGCCUUAAGAAUAUAUUUUUUAACUGGACUCAUAUGGAAAACAUGAAGCCCGGCGUGGCCUGCUUGGACGUCGACGUGUCGAGUCGCCUAGCUCGUGAAACGCCGCCGCUGCCCGGACAAUAGCCCCCCCCCCUCCCUCGAAGCUAGUUAGCUUAGCGAAGAGGAGGCCAUUAAUUAAAUUACACGUCGUCGUUUGUUGACUCGUUCAACUCGUUUGUGUAGCUCGGUGGUUUGAGUUCUGGGUGCGUCUUUUGCCUCCGAAAGUUUUCACAUAUCUUGGGGAGAUUCGAUUUAGCCGCAGCGUUCAAAGUGUAGCCAUGGAGGACUUGAGCUCCAUCAGCCUGCUGUCUCUUGCCAUGCUGGUGGGAUGCUAUGUGGCCGGGACCAUUCCCUUGGCAGUCAACUUCUCAGAGGAGAAGCUAAAGCUGGUCACCGUGUUGGGAGCGGGACUCCUGUGUGGCACGGCCCUAGCCGUCAUCAUUCCCGAAGGUGUCCACGCUCUUUACGAGGAAAUCCUGGAAGGGGGCGGGCAUCACCCCCCGAGCCAGGUGGGCAUUGUCGCUGAGGCGUCGGCCAGGGGCGAGGCGGCGGGGGGGGCGGCGGUGGUGGCGGCGGCGGUGGCGGCGGCAGCAGCGCCGGGCACGGACGGCCACCACGAGCACGGCCAUGAGCAGCUGCACGCCUGCAUCGGCGUAUCGCUGGUGCUGGGUUUCGUCUUCAUGCUGUUGGUGGACCAGAUCGGCUCGUCGCACAUUCACAGCGCCGAGGAUUCGGAAUCGGCCAGAGUGGCCUCCUCCAAAAUUACCACCACCCUCGGUCUAGUGGUGCAUGCUGCUGCUGACGGCGUGGCCCUUGGAGCCGCCGCCUCCACCUCCCAAACCAGCGUCCAGCUCAUCGUUUUUGUCGCCAUCAUGCUCCACAAGGCCCCCGCCGCGUUUGGCCUUGUGUCCUUCCUCAUGCACGCCGGGCUGGAGAGGAAUCGCAUCCGCAAGCACCUGCUGGUGUUUGCCCUUGCCGCCCCCGUCCUGGCCAUGCUCACCUUCCUCGGACUCAGCCAGAGCAGCAAGGAAGCGCUGUCAGACAUCAACGCCACUGGCGUGGCCAUGCUUUUCUCGGCCGGCACCUUCCUUUACGUGGCAACUGUGCACGUGCUGCCCGAGGUGGGCGGAGUGGCGGGCCACAGUCACGGGGCGCCGGGCGGCAACGGUGGCAAGAGUCUGAGCAAGGUAGAGGUGGGCGCCCUGGUGGUUGGCUGUCUCAUCCCGCUGCUGCUGUCGGUCGGCCAUCACCAUUAGGAUGACGGUGGAAACAAAAGACGUGAACGUGGAACUGUUAUAUUCACGGGUGAUUUCUUUUUCUUUUUUUUUUUAUAAAUAUAAACACUGUACAGAUAGAUCUCUUAGACACAGAUUUAAAGUGACGUUCAAGUGCCAUUGUAGCUGGACCUCCGCUACUUCCUGCUUCUGGGACGUUGUGUAUGUACAUUUUGUUUCUUUACGGCGGAAUAUCUCAAUCAACAAGGUUUCUUUAGUGCCCCUCGCCAAUUAAAGGGAUAUUCCAUACAUGCAACCACAACAGAUCACGACUGUAUUUCUGGGCUAUGAUUGUGCUAAAUUCACUUUAAUCUGUUAAAUGCAGUCACCCAUUGGGCUUGAGGAACUUUUGAAACAUUUAGGGCGGUAUAGUGUAUAUAUAUUUUUUUGUCAUUCCACAGUGAGUCUGCCUCAUGUUUGAUGGUGCAAAGUGGGUUGUAAAGCAACAUGUUUUAUGACUAAAUUAAAUGUCUUUUUCUGUUUUUAAA